AUGGCGAAGCAACCUCCAGGUCUCACAGGCAUGGUCAUGCCAUUGCUUUUGCUGAGACAAUAUCCAGAACUAUGCAAAAAGGGUGUUGUUUAUGUCGACACGUGGCCAAUCGGGCCGCCGAUGCUCGCUGUCUUUCAUCCGCAGAUUGCAGACCAGUUCACGCAAGAGCGUUCGCUGCCCAAGCACACCAUGAUGAAGGAGGAGUUCGAACCCCUCACUGGUAACAACGAUCUCGUAAACAUGGAAGGUCCCACCUGGAAGACGUGGCGGGCAGUUUUCAAUCCCGGUUUCUCGGCGCGCAACAUCCUCUUACUGGUACCUGCGAUGGUCGAAGAAGCACUGGUUAUGAGGAAGUCUCUUGAACAGCUCGCUGAUUCAGGAGAGACCGUGCCGUUAGAAGCUGGAAUGAUGAGAGCGACGGUGGAUAUUAUUGGCCGCGUAGUACUAGGCACACGUCUUCACGCUCAGACAGCCGAGUCUCCCCUUUUUAACGCCCUUCAGAAACAAAUCCGCCUUCUUAUUACAGACAACGGACCGGCAAAUAUCAUGAAGUCAAUCAACCCUAUUCGUCCGUUUUUGAUGCGCUAUCACAACUACAUCAUGAAGGGUGAGAUCCUCCCGCACGUUGAGCGUCAGAUGCGCGAAAGCGCUUUUGAACAGAACAAUCCCAAAACUAUCAACAGCCUCGCCAUUGCCUCAUACAUCAAGGAGGUCACAAAGACUGGCUCUGAGACAGAAAGGAAGCUAGACUCACAUUUUAUCGAUACGGCUAUAUCUCAACUCAAAAUCUUCCUGCUUGCAGGCCACGAUACUACAUCAAGUACGCUGUGCUUUGCGUACUACCUCAUCAACACGUAUCCAGAAAUCCUUGGAAAGGUACGGGCCGAGCACGAUGAAGUGCUCGGGACAGACGCGAGUCUUGCAGCCUCGCGCAUCGCUGAGGAUCCAGCAUUACUGAAUCAGCUGACCUACACCAACGCGGUAUUGAAGGAGACGUUGCGCCUCUACCCACCUGUCGGUACCGUCAGGCAAGGAGCGCCCGAUGUUUUUCUCACUCACCCAGAGACUGGCGAGCGGUUUCCCACGGACGGCUGCAUGAUAUAUGUUACGUCCCAGACCAUGCACCGCUGGGAAUCAUUCUGGCCCCAGCCGGACGAGGUGAUCCCUGAGAGAUGGCUAGUCAAGGAGGGUGACCCGUUGCAUCCGGUGAAGAGUGCUUUCCGACCAUUUGAGCUUGGGCCAAGAAACUGUAUUGGGCAAGAGCUCGCUAUGAUGGAAAUGCGUCUCAUCUUGGCGUUGACGGUUAGGGAGUUGGAUGUUGUGCCUCAAUUUGCUAAUGAUGCGCCUGAGAUCUUUGGAGAAAAGGGUUUUCAGUGGAUGACGGGAACACAAAUCACCUCUCAUCCCAAAGAAGGGAUGCCUGUAAAGAUAUUCAGAAGGUCCCAGACUUGA